AUGGACGUGGCACUGACGACGGCGACGGCGACGGCGACAGCUGCAAUUGCAGACGCCGAUAUUGAGACCGUUGAAACUACCGACUUUUCCGAGACGAUGGCAUCGCUGAUUGACGAAACAACUGAGAGAAACUACCGAAUAUGGAAGAAAAACGCGCCUUUUUUAUAUGAUUAUCUAUCGACAAACUCUUUACUUUGGCCAUCACUAACAGUACAAUUUUUUCCAGACAUAACACAUCAGAGUCGAGAUAGGAACGAAUUGUUGGGCAAUGAAAAUGGGUUUCUAUCGACCUCCAGCGAAGUGGUUCUACAGCGACUUUUACACGGGACUUUUACAAUGGGACAAUCUGUAGUUGAUUCAAUUUCCAUUUUGCAAAUACCUACAUGCACCAACUUGAAAAAACAGAUAGACCCGGAAAAACUCAACUACAACCAAGAAAAAGAAGAAAUCGAAUUAAACUUGUUGCAGUCGUCGCAAAACUUGAAACCAAAAGUACUUCAAAAGAUUAACCAGUUUGGCGAUGUUAAUAAAUUGAAAUAUAUGCCCCAGAAACCUAAUGUCAUAGCAAGUGCAAACAAUUUUGGCGAUAUAGUAAUAUUUGAAAGAACAAGACACAAGAGUUUCCAAAAACUGAUUAUAGAUGACACCAACGUCAAUAAAGCUCAAGUAUGUUUGACUAACAAUACAUCAUCCUUGAGCAACAAAAAGUCUGAAAUAUUUGCCAUGGACUGGAACAGGAAUAAAGAAGGUUACUUGUUAUCAGGAGAUAUCAAAGGAGUGAUUAAUUUGUAUGAUUUGACCAAGUAUAAUAAGCUGCUGGAACUGCUAAGCCAGGAAUUGUAUUGGGAAAACCAAAGCGGGGUCAACGAUUUGGAAUGGUUUCCUACACAUGACUCUCUAUUUGGAACCGGGGACGAAAAUGGCAGCUUUAAGAUCUAUGAUACAAGAGUAAAACCAUUGGAAUCAACGAUUUCAAAGACUUUUGUUGAUUCGAGCAUUAACUCGAUAUCAAUAAAUGCAAACUUCUCUACUGCUUUGGCUACUGGUGACUCAAAAGGGAUUAUAGAUAUAUGGGAUAUCCGAAACAUGAGCAAACCAAUAUCAAGUUUGACAAAUGUGCAUCUGGAUGCCAUUACACAAUUGAAAUGGCAUCCUAAAUUUGCGCAAAUAAUAGCAUCUUCAUCAAGUGACCACCUGGUGAAGAUUCACGAUUUGUCAAGAUCCCGACACGAGCACAGCGACGGAUCAGCCACUACAAUAUUUCAACACUUGGGACACAUGUUGGGUGUUAACGAUUUCGACUGGUCUUUUGCCGAUGAUUGGAUGCUUGCAAGUGUUGCCGACGACAACUCGCUACAUAUAUGGAAGCCGUGCCACCAAGUAUCAAAAUCAGUCGCUGUAUAA